ACCACACCUCGCUUGCAUAAUUUGCGCUCGCGGAGCUCGCGCCACGCCACCUCUGCUCAGAGGUCAGAGCUCCAGCAAGGCGCCCCCACACAGCUCACACCACCACCACGCAUCGAGCAGCAGCAGCUCAGCUGAGCCAAGCGUCCAUGGCCGACGCCGGCGGCGAGGCGGGCGUUGGCGGGAAAGGCGAGGAGCCGGGUCGCGAGAUCCCCGACGAGAUCACGGGCGAGAUCCUGCUCCGCCUGCCCUCCCGCUCCGCGCUGGCGCGCGCGGCCGCCGCCAGCGGCGGCUUCCGCGCGCUCGUCUCCUCCCCGCGCUUCCUCCGCCGCCACCGCGCGCUGCACCGGGACCCCGGCGCGCUCCUCGGGGUCUUCACCUUCUCCCUCAGCCGCGACGGCACGGGCUUCCACCCCGCGGAGCCGCCGCACCCGGCGGCGGCGGCGGCCCGCGCCGUCGCCGCCGCCGCCGACUUCUCCUUCGGCUUCCUCCCGGCGGAUCCCUCCGCCGCGGACGGAGCCGGAGACGAAGGGUGGAUGGUCCGGGACUACCGCGACGGCCGCUUCCUCCUCGACCGCGCCGCGUCCGGCACCGAGCGGGGCACCGUCUUCACCGAGCUCGCCGUCUGCGACCCGCUGUACCGCCGCUACGUCCUGCUCCCGCCCAUCCCGGAGGAUCUCGCCGACACCGUCGGCGACGUGCUCAGCGUCUUCGGCGGCCGGCGCGCGUGCGAGCCCUUCCUCGCCCCCGCCGAGCCCUGCGAGCCGGACGCGGAGCGGCCGCCGUUCACCGUGUUCUGGACGGCCCGGUGCCAGCGGAAGCUCGCCGCCUUCGCCUUCUCCUCGCGCGACGGGCGGUGGCGCGCGCUCCCGUCGCCGGACUGCUUCAUCUGGCGCCGCCACCGGUCGCCGUUCAGCUGCCCGAUGCACACCGUCUGGAACCGGCGGCACUACGCGCACGGCCGCUUCUACUGGGUGGACUGCCUCACCAACCGGUGGCUCGUGCUCGACGCGCGCGCCAUGGAGCUCGCCCUCGCCAUCAUCCCCUCGCCGGCCGGCUACUGGGAGGAGCACGUCGCCGUCGUGGAGGCCCCGGACGGGAAGGUCGGCGUGUUCGCGCACGACUUCCACCACCCCGGCGGCAAAGCCGAUCUCCACUACUACACGAUCGCGCAGGACGCCGACUCGCCGCAGUGGCAGCUGGAGAAGACGAUCCCGCUGCCGUGGCCGGCGGCAUGCCACCAGCCGUUCUGCGUCCGGGGCACGGCCAACGGGUGCUUGAUCCUCGAGGUCAGCGAGGAGAAGCCGGCGUUCAUGGCGAGAUACUGCGUCAGGGACGCCGAGAUGUUCAAAAUCGACGUCAAGAGCUUCCAGCUGGAGAAGAUCUGCCAGGCGCGGUGUGCCGGCGGCGCCGCCGGCCAGUGCUGCUGGCCGUACUUCGGCUUCCCGCCAUCGCUGGCCUUGCCCACUGUAUGAGCUAGCAGAAUGGUGGCAUUGCUGAACAGAAUUAUGUUCCAGCAUGGAGCCUAGAGUUUGUCUUGCCUAUAUAUACAUAAUAAUAUAAUGAGCAGUUUUUGCUGA